AUGACUGCGACUCCAUCUAACGAGCGAUUAUGGGGAGGGAGAUUUACUGGGAAGACGGACCCAUUGAUGAAUCUUUACAAUGAUUGUUUAUCCUAUGACAAGACAUUUUACGCUCAGGAUGUUCAGGGAUCUCAGGCCUAUGCGAAGGCAUUGUUUAAGGCAGGACUUAUUACCGAAUAUGAGAAAAAUCAAAUGGUUGAGGGUUUAGCUAAGGUCGGCGAGGAAUGGCGUACUGGAACGUUUGCGAUAAACCCGAUCUCCGACGAAGACGUACAUACCGCAAACGAGCGACGGCUUGGGGAAUUGAUUGGAGUGAAUAUAUCAGGAAAAUUGCAUACAGGAAGGUCUCGAAAUGACCAAGUCGCUACGGAUUUGCGAAUGUGGGUUAGGGAUACGCUUGUCUCUACAGAGCAGUAUCUCUUGACACUCAUUCGAAUAAUCGUAUCGCGAGCAUCACAAGAAAUAGAUGUUAUACUUCCGGGGUAUACACAGAGCCAACAAGCUCAGCCGAUUCGAUGGAGCCAUUGGCUUCUAUCGUAUUGUCAGCUGUUCUUGAGUGACCUUCAGAAACUACGGCAGACGAGAUCAAGGGUUAAUCGCUGUCCUCUUGGAAGCGGUGCAUUGGCUGGCAAUCCGUUUGAGAUUGAUAGAGAGUUUCUUGCUAAGGAAUUGGGCUUUGAGGCUGCUAUACCAAAUAGUAUGGUUGGAGUUGGAGAUCGAGAUUUUGUCGUCGAGGUGCUUCAAUGGGCUACGGUGCUCAUGAGCCAUAUCAGUCGAUGGGCAGAAGAUAUGAUCUUAUAUUCGACUGCCGAAUUUCACUUUCUUACUCUUGCGGAUGCUUAUAGUACUGGAAGCAGUCUUAUGCCACAGAAGAAAAAUAGUGACAGUUUAGAACUACUUCGCGGAAAAAGUGGGCGAGUGUUUGGCCAGAUGGCAGGUUUUAUGUACACACUGAAGGGGCUUCCUAGUAGUUACAACAAGGAUCUACAAGAAGACAAGGAGCCAUUGUUCGAUUGCUGCUCCACUAUCAACAACUCCAUUCAGAUUGCUUCUGGGGUUAUUUCCACACUUACAAUUCACCCUGAGAAUAUGAAGGCGGCAUUGAGCGCAAGUCUCUUUGUGAAUGAAAUCCGCGACUAUCUUAUUCGGAAAGGUUUAUCUCAGAGUGAAGCGAACGAUGUCAGCAGAUCAUGCUAUGAACUGGCUGAUUCUGAAGGUCUGGCUAAUGUGAGUGAGCUCGGGUUGGACAAACUGAGAAGUGUCUAUGGCGAGUUUGGGGAAGAUAUAGCGGAAGUCUUUGACUAUGAACGUAUAAUUGAACAGUACAGUUCACUUGGUGGUACAGCAAGGAGUAGUGUUCUUCAGCAAAUUGAAGAAGUCACCCGGGCUGUGCAGGAUGAUUGA